CCGACUUUGUAAUACUUGAUUCACCUCCACUAACUCUCGCUCAUGAGUGCAACUAAUGAACCAGUGGUGAACACCGUGUCCGCCGGUGAGGCCGGUGCUCUGGAGAAGGACAAAUUUGUGACCGUCACUACAGGAGCAUAUACCCGGAUGGUUAUCAUCGGUAUCGGCUAUCUAUUCCCAAUCUCUGCUAUUUGGGCAGCCUUCGACUACUGGAAGACCCUGUUCCCUGACAAGAACAUUGAGUUCGUGGUCACCUGUCUGUACCAGUUCGGUUCGGUCAUGACGGUCCUGGUCCUCUCCCUGGGCAAGUCCAUGAAAUUCCACCGUCGAAUCCUGGGUGGCUUCAGCGGACAGUUCUGCUGCUUGUUUGUCAUCUUCCUAUUCCGUUGGUUGGGUCUUCCUGCUGACGUGGUAUACACCAUCUUGCUCGGCCUAGUGUUCUUGAUGUCUGUGGUGACUGGGUUUUUGGAUUCGGCUCUACUAGCUCUGAACUCUCAGUAUUCGCCCAAGAUGCAGGAGGCUCUCCAGAUCGGCAUCGGUUUCUCUACGUUCGUGUCUGUCGUCUACCGAGACAUCACCAAGCUGAUCUCGACCUCUCAAGCUAACUCAACAUCCAUCUACUUCUUGGCUGCCCUUGCUACGGUGAUUGUUUGUAUUACAAGCUACGUGUCCCUCAUGAGAAUGCCCAUCUCCGCUCAUAUCCACGAGGGUGAGGCCAGCUCGAGCCAGGAAUCUCUGCUAGAAAAGAAGGAAGAGCAGGUUGACAUUUGGAAGGUUCUCCGCAGAGUGUGGUUUAACGAACUCGUCAUCUUCCUGCAAUUUGUCUUGACUACUGCUUGCUACCCUGCUAUUCUGACUGCUAUUCCCUGCUACAAUUUAACAGCGUUGGCCCCCGCUCACUGGUACCAGACUAUUCUGUUGUCCGUCUUCACAGUUUUCGACGUUAUCGCUCGAUUCUGUGUGCGCCACCGCGGUCCUCUUUAUUAUGGGAACAUCUGGAUCACUGCGGUUAUCCGUAUGUUGAUCUUCCCCUUGGUCGUGAUGUGUGCUACGGGCUUCUUCCGCAACGAUUGGUUUUCGAUGGCUAUUGUUGCCUUAUUCGGAUUCGGAAACGGCUUCUCUGGCAGUCUCUCCUUGAUCACUAUCAACGAGAUUCCUGGCCUGUCCGGUCCCGAGCUUAAGGCGACAGGCCGCUUCUCUGCUGUGGCGGUCAACUCAGGUCUAUGUGUCGGAGGUUUCGUGGCCAUGGGUCUCGGUGUUUGGCUUGGAUUGGCAUAAGAAGGCUACUAGUUGUUGAUGCCUAACGUCGACAGCUAGUCAAUGACGUUCAACUCAACUGCUCUGAAAGCCUGUAGAGUGCUACAUUUGUAUUGUAUUUUACUGCCCUGAUAAUGGUACGCAAGAAG